AUGGUGAGGUCUCCAUGCUGUGAGAAGGCCCACAUCAAAAGAGGAGCGUGGACUAGGGAGGAAGACCACCUCCUCAUAGCCUACAUCCGUGCCCAUGGAGAGGGGUGCUGGCGCUCGCUCCCCAUGGCGGCCGGCCUUCUCCGGUGCGGCAAGAGUUGUUGCCUGCGUUGGAUCAAUUACCUACGGCCCGGUCUCAGGCGCGGCAUCUUCACCAUGAAAGAGGAUGAGCUCAUCAUCAAGCUCCAUAGCCGUCUCAGUAAUAGAUGGUCGCUCAUAGCUGCAAGGUUGCCAGGAAGAACGGACAAUGAGAUAAAGAACCACUGGAACACGCACGUCAGGAGGAAAUUGUUGAGUCGAGGGACAGACCCAGCAACGCACCGUCGACUGAUCCAUGAGGAGAAAGAUACAGGGCGGCUUCUUCCAUAUAAGCAAGAGAAGAUUAGCAGAAGAAGCAGCAGCAACAGGGAGGGGUCAUGGAACAUACAGGGCUAUAGGUGUCCAUACCUGAAUCUAGACUUGUGUUUAAGCCCUCCAUCACAGAAGCCAUGA